AUGGGAGAAGAAAACGCCGUUUCCGUGGGUGUCCUCGCCCUCCAGGGCGCCUUCUUUGACCACAUCAAGGCCUUCCAGCGCCUGGGUCUAGGCUCGCGUCUCCGUCUCGUUCUCGUGAAGAAACCUGCAGACUUGGAGGCGCUCGACGCUCUGGUCAUUCCAGGGGGCGAGUCGACUGCCAUGCGCAUCAUCGCAGGAGAGCAAAUGAUGAGUGCUCUCAAGGCUUUCGUCCAUGAAAAGAAGAAGCCGGUCUGGGGGACCUGUGCAGGCUGCAUCCUGCUCUCAGACGCAGUGUGCACCCUCGAGGCGUCUCCGUCUUCUUCUCCUUCGAUGAGGUUUCGGGAGAAGGAGAGCGACGAUGGGUACGGAGACUUCAUCGGCGGCGCCGCAGUGCGAACGUGCCGGAAUUUUUUCGGAAGGCAGGCGGACAGCUUCGAGGCGCCUUUGCGACUUGCCGGGAGGCUCCAGACCGCGGCGAAUGGCCUGUCGGCGAUCUGCAUUCGCGCGCCAGCCAUCCUCGAAGUUUCGUCGCCUGAGGUUGAAAUUCUCGGGUAUAUCGACAUGCCCCAGCGGAACUGCAGCGUCAUCGCAGCGGCGGCGCACGGUCCCGUCCUCCUCACGAUCUUCCAUACAGAGCUGACUGACGACACGCGCCUGCAUGCGUUCUUCCUCGAGCAGUUUGUCUUUCCUUCUCUCGCUGCUGGGCCUCGCUCCAAGCAGCUCGCGUGUGGAACGGAGACGCCUGCCGAGAAAAUGCAGAGAGACUCUGGGUCCGCCUUUGCCCACAUAGCCAGGGACGGCGACCGUCCUCCUCACCACUUGGGAAACCGCUGCGCCUAA